AUUUCCCAAACUAUGAUACUUGUUUUGAAAGUGGCUUCUCUGAAGAUUCUUCACAUUCCACCUUUAUUUGUGAAUUCUUAUACAAAGUUUCUUCUAAUACUGCUAAGCUUCUUACAGAGAAGAAAUUAAAAGAAGAUGGCAACAGAAGAUGGUGCACUUUGGAAAGUGGCUUUCUGAGCUACUAUGAAAAUGAUAAAACUACUACUCCAAAUGGUAUGAUUGACAUCAAUGAAGUUAUCUGUCUUGUAGUGCACAAGUCAGACUUCUUUUUAAAUAGAGGGGACAUCUUUACCUUUGAAAUUUACUUAAUGUCAGAACGUGUUUUUCUGUUUGGAGCUGAAACUGCAUAUUCACAAAGAAAAUGGACUUGGGCAAUAGCUAAGCAUUUUGUUCCCUCUGUGGCUGAAUGCUUAUUAGAGAGAGACUGUGACCUGAUUGGCCAGCUGUACUACAAAGAUUGCCAUAACCUGGAUCAGUGGAGAAAAGGCUGGUUUGCUGUAGAGAAGUCGAGCCUUUAUUUUUGUCUUGAAAUGGAGAAUGCUGAAGAAGAUUCCAUAUAUCUAAGGCGGUUGCAAGAACUAACAAUCAGUAGUGUGAUGCAAAAUGGAGAGAAAAUAGAUGUCUUGCUGCUUGUUGAAAAAGGAAGAACGCUAUACAUCCACGGUCAUACGAAGCUGGAUUUCAUGGUCUGGUAUACUGCAAUUGAAAAAGCAGCAAGUACAGAUGGCAAUGCAUUACAAGAUCAGCAGCUCAGCAAAAAUGAUGUUCCUAUUAUAGUGAACAGCUGCAUAGCAUUUAUUACACAGUAUGGUUUAGGUAGCAAGCAGAUCUACCAUAAGAAUGGGGAUUCCUCCAAUGUAGCUGAACUGCUGGAAAGCUUCAAAAAAGAUGCAAGGAGUGUUAAACUAAGAGCAGGAAAACAUCAGCUUGAAGAUGUGACUGAUGUAUUGAAAAGUUUUCUGUGUCAAAUAGAUGAUGCACUGCUCACUAAAGAACUUUAUCCGUUCUGGAUCUCAGCAUUAGAUACACAGAAUGAGAAGGAACGUGUGAGGAAGUAUGGAGCUUUUAUUCGGACACUUCCACCAGUCAAUAGAGCAACUUUGGCUGCUUUAAUUGAACAUCUUUACAGGGUGCAGAAGUGUUCUGAAAUCAAUCAUAUGAACCCUCACAAUCUAGCCAUGGUGUUUUCCUCAUGCUUAUUUCAAACUAAAGGCCAAACUAGUGAAGAAGUCAAUGUAAUUGAGGAUCUAAUUAAAAAUUAUGUGCAACUUUUUGAUAUAAACGAAGACCAGGUCAAACAAAUGGAUAUAGAAAACAGCUUUAUUAUGAAAUGGAAAGACACUCAGGUUUCCCAGGCUGGAGAUUUGCUUAUUGAAGUUUAUGUGGAAAGAAAGGAGCCAGACUGUAGUAUUAUAAUCAGGGUAUCACCUUUGAUGGAAGCAGAAGAAUUAACUAAUGAUGUUUUAGGAAUCAAAAACAUUAUUCACAACAAAGAUGAUAUUUGGGCUGCUUUUGAAGUACUCGAAAAUGGAGAACUAG